GUGCCAAGAAUAGGUAAACUGUACAAUACAAAACAUACCGGUACCGGUACACUUAUUGCUGUAUUGUAUCGGUACAAACACGUUCAUCAUUAUUCAGUUAUUUGUCAUUUAUCAAGCUAAAACAUGCAAAAAACUCACUGAAACGUGUAGAAAUUUGUUAUGUCUACAAUGUAGUAAAAGAUUUUAAACUUUUAUAACGGAGAAAGUGUCAUAGAGAGAAAAUGCCGUUUUAGAUUGUCACCGAUGCAACUUUUAGACAUAUCAAGCAUUGCGGUAUUUUCCCUCCCAUAUCCUGUCAAAAAUCUGCCUGAAUCUGCAUUUUUACAAAAUAUCUUACAAAUAACUGCAGAUCGAUUUAUUAUUGAAUUUUACCAAGUUUGAGAUACAGGAGGGUACGAUAAUUAAUAAAUUUUCUGACAUAUAUAUAUGCAGUAUGUUUGAAAUACUGUUCAGGCUGGUAACACCCGGCAGAAAUUAUAUUGUUCGGCCAUAAAAUUAUUAUUUAGUUAUCUUAGUUAGUUUAGCUAUUUAAUAGAUUCCUUGUUCGAUUUCUAGUUUUUAUAAACCCUAUUUUGUUAGCGAAUAUCCCCGACCAAAAAAAUGGAAAGCCAGUUAAAAAUUUAGAAUAACCCAACACAUUAUUCGGUACUCCCGAAGUAUUCGUACCAAGAUGGCGUACAACCUGAACAUAGUAUGUUUACCAGUUUAGGGUUCAGGUUGUGCGCCAUCUUGGUACGAAUACUUUGGGAGCGCUCAUUAUUCAACUUCGUUAGUUGCCUCAUCUAGCCAUAACACUAGUCAAUUCGGUGAUGUAACAAUAUGUCAAUAGAUUUUUCUGGUAAUUUUUAUGACGAAACAAAACCAAAUGCUUUUUAUGUUCACCCUCUCGCAAAUGUGACGCGGGCCACAGAUAAUGAGGCGGCUCUACAAUGUAUAACUGUAUAAAGUGAAUAGUUCGAAACAGGCUGACAGCUCUACAAAAUCUACACUGCACGCAUGCCAAGUUGUAGAAAUUCGUUCCUUAAACGUUAGUUUUUCAAGCUGCUCUUCCCUCUCCUAGCAAGUGGUCAUUUAUAAACUUGUUUUGGAAUAACGAGGACAUGACUCUGUCAUUGUAGCCUAUGCUAUAGGUCGUCUGAUUGCCACGCUUUUAUUCCAACAUAUACCCCUGAUCAAAUACUGAAAUAAUAGCUAAUGAUAUAAAUUCUAAAGCUGAUUUAAUUAUACUGUAUUGUGUAGAAUCUACCAUAUAAGAAUAUAGAAAUUCAAUGAAUAAUGAUGAACUAGAUAAAAUGCAGUGUAACAUGAGGGCCAUUUUUAAAUACAAAUUAAUUGGGAUGAUUAGGUUAAUGAAGAAUGAGGAAAGAAAUGAACUACUUGGAAAAGAUCAUAUGGACUAUAUAAAUAUUUAAUCGAUUAUGUUGCGAGUCUUGUGACACCCAUUUUUCCCAUGUGUGUUCCGUUUGAAUAUUGAAAAUAGUUUAGUAAACAAGUUGCUAACAUAGACAGCGAAUGUAGAGAAGGCUAAGGCAUGAUAGGUAAUUUUCUUAUUACAGUAUUAUAUGUCUAAUCCUAAAAAAAAAAAUUUUUCAUGUGCUAAAAUUUGAUUGUAUGAUAUGACUGCUGUUGAUGGAAAAAUAUAUUCAAUUGCUCACCGGAUUACUUAGAUCACAAACAUGGGUGCAAAUAAAAUUGGAUAUAACUGUAUAAUGGAAUUGAAUUGUAUGGAACCAGCAGAAAAGAAGAGAAAGACAUCCACAUAUUCAGAACAAAAAACUCCAAAUUAUGGGAAAAAGGUGUUAGAGGUUCUUGACGACUUCAGAAAAGCCGAAGAUCUGUGUGACUUUUUUCUCAAGGUUGGAGAUAGAGUAGUUCCAGUUCAUCAGAAUGUAAUUGCUGCUACAUCACCCUAUUUAAAAGAUCUGAUAGAUAGGGGCACUGGAGGAACAAGUAUUGUUGAAAUACCUAAUGCCAGUUUUACAGCAGUGGAACGUUGUGUCGAGUAUCUUUAUAGUGGAACUACGAGAGUAACUCUUGAAGACGCUGGUGAUAUUUUGGAUGUGGCGAGUCUAAUGCAGCUUCAAGAUAUGGUUGAACUUUGGUUUAAACAUUUUGCUGAUAUUUUAAAUGUUCGAAACUGUUGGGAAAUCAAGCAUCUUGCUGACAAGCAUAACAAUAAAAAAAUUAAGAAGUCACUUGAUUCUCUUAUCUCAAACAAUAUUGGCGAUGUUUGCCACCAUGUAGAUUUUGUGGCGAUUGGUAUUGAUGAAUUGAUAAGAUACAUAAGCAAGGCCAAUGAUGUUGUUUCUGCAUGGAAAGCAGCUUCUCUCUGGGUCACUAGUGAUCUUAUCACAAGAAGUGACAACCUUCAUUUGAUCAUAAAAAAUUUACAUCUGGAUAGAUUGAAAAUUGAUGAUAUAGAAAUGUUGCUCAAUGACACUUUAAUCAAAUCAUCUAAUCCAUGCAUAGAAGAAGUUGCUAAAAAAGUGUUGAAAAAAAGUAAAAGAAGAGAAGUUCACCAUCAACAACUGGCCUACUUUAAACUUGGCUGCAGAAGUGAUCAAUGACACCGCUUUAACAACGCUCGUGCAUCAAAAAAUGUGUGUAAUGUUAGUGGAACUUUCUGAUAAGAAAGAAUUUUUGAAAAUUCCUUUACAAGAAAUGAAGUUUAUCUUGAAUUCUGUACAUAUUGACAAAGAAUCUGAAAGUGAUGUCUGGAAUGCUAUAAGUAGAUGGAUAUCAUAUGACCCAUAUCGGCAUAAGUGUUGCUUUGAGAUUUUGAAGUCUGUGAAUUUAAAAAAAUUCUCUGUUGAGUUAAUUAAUGAUGUUAUCCGUGAUAACAAAAUUGUUGAUGCAAGUAAGGAUUGCCGUAACCUGAUCCUCGAUGCCCUUGUCGCUCAUGCAUCAACCAGCAAGGAAACAUCUAAAUCAUCUAAGAGUAGUAAACCAGCCAAGCCUGCUAUACAAAAGGCUUCAAGUAGCAAUAAGAGUUCCUCUUCUUCAAGCAGUGGUUCUUUCCAGGCUCCUGGACAAAUGAGUUCUAAGAUCAAGAAUACUUCAACUAAGUCAUCUUCGGCAAGUUCGAAACCUAGCAAUAUUAUAGCUGUUUUGGAUAAUCGAUGGGACAGCAUAUUGGCAUUUGAUCCAAAAAAUGCAAGUUGCCGUCAAAUGUGGAACAUACCAUUAGACAAGCAAAGCACAAUGAAGAAUGCUUCUUGGUUCCAAGCAGCUGCAAUCGGUUCUAUAAUAUUUGUCAUGUGUGAUAAAUCAUUUUUUAGCUUUGAUACGAUAAAUAAUACUUGGAAAAGCCUGACAUCUCCUCUUCAUCGCCAUGAUGAGCAUUCCAAAGCUAUCGGAUUUCAAUCAAAACUAUGUGUAAUUGGACAAAAUUCAGAAUUUUAUGAACCGCUGAAAGACGAAUGGACUGUCGCACCACUACCUGAUCUCUUGACUAUUAAAUUUUGUGUUGCUUCAACACCAACAAAACUAUAUAAAAUUGGCGGCGCAUUGAAGACUCAAGCUACGGGUUGGGUAUAUAUAUGGGAAUCUGAGUUUAAAAAUACCAAUCAUACAACAAUGAUCCAACCCAGAAAAUGUGCUUCAGCUGCGACUUCACAGGAAGAUUUAUAUGUAAUGGGUGGUAUCAAUGCAACAGAUGGAAUUUUAUCAUCCACUGAAUUCUAUAGCCCCAAGACAGAUACCUGGUGUAUGUUAUCUGACGUAAGAUGUCCAGUAUCUUUUUCAUCCUCUUCUUGUUUGCAAGGAGACAUUUAUUAUUUUGGGGGAAAUACCAUAGAAAAGUAUGAGAAAAAGAAGCACACAUGGAAUGUUGUCAAGAAAAUGGAUGCCAUGGGUAAUAAAUUUGCUGCUAUUGGCAUAACUUCUCAAUAGACUUGUCGAAAAUGUUAAUAUUAAUGAUAAUCUAUUUUCCAGAUUUUUUGCGGGAUUCAACAUGCAUAGAAAUUAAAUAAAUUUACAACUUCCUCUGUGAUAGGAAACAUUUAUUUUUUUCACGUAGUUUUCAUAUUUAAUCUGAACCACGGUUUAUCAGAGAGUCUGUCCAUAGUUCCAUGUUGUAUAAUAUGGAGUAAUCGUUUAAGUAACAAUACCUUCUGUAAAUAUUUGCUGUUUUUAUACUUAUACAUGACAUAAUGUUAUAAUUCAAAUUAUGCAUAAGUCUUACCACUUAUGAGUAGUUUUUCUUGCAUCAUUAAUAUGUUUAAAGAUCUUUAUCUCCUAAAAGGGUAACGAUUGACUUCUCAUACUUUCUGUAGAUUGUAAGCAAUUUAUCACUGCUGUUUAUUUUCUCACGAUAUAAUUAUGCUCACUAAUUUUUCUCAUUUUAUGAAACGCAUGCAAUGUAUUUUUGAUCACUGAAUUUUUAUAGUGCUAGUAAUUUUAAAAUAUACUUCAAGCUGUAUUUACAUAUAGCCUACCUAGAUAUUCUUCUGUAUUCUAUAAUCUUUGUAAAUUAGGAUUUUUGUAAUCGUAUGUAAUUUAUUGUUUCCACUUUUUUAUCUUGAAUAUUUUAAGUUUCGAAAAGUGUAAUCAACAUUUUAGUUUUCAAAUCUUUUUAUAGUCAAUAUAUGUAAUCUCAUUAAUCUGAUAUGCAUUAUUGUGUAAUUAUAAACUUUAUGCACUUAUAUUGUAGCUAAUUGAACCGGCAAAUUAAAUAGGAAUAUGAACAUAUGACGUCUGAUGAGAUAGAAAAUGUUUCUAUAUGUCAGUGAUUUCCGACCGGCAUGUACAUGUUGAACAUUUGAAUACUGGGAAAGUAUCUGCAAAAAUGAAAGUAGUAACAAGGAAGACGAGAUGUAAUGGAAUAAAUAAUGAUUGGACUCAAACAUAAUAUGAAUAUCUUGCAGUGCUGGAGAUCGGUUGGUUACAAACACAUGGUAGAAGUUGCAACUUGAGCGGCUGGGCAGUACAACUUGGUGUAUCUACCAAGAGGAGUGAUACCAGUUCAAACUGCUAUUAACAACACGGCCCCGCCGUCGCCAACCGGAACAUUCUGAACUGAUCAUUUGUUGAACGAUGUUGGAGUAUGACUAAAGAGAAGAUGGGAUUCCCAAUUCAAUUCUGUGUAAUUUCCAGGAUAAGAGGAACAUUUGGGUUCAUCCAGAAAUAAAGUUGGUUCUUGAAUAUCAGUGGAUAUACUCGUACAGAGGCUUGUUUGAAGUGAAAUGCCUGGAAUGACAAAUCCGACCUAUUAAGGUCAAUGCAAUAUUUCUAACAUGAAGCAUCAAUUAAUAAUGGAGAUUCAUGAGGAAACAUUAAUGGACAUGAAUGAAUAACAUAUGCUGAAAACUUUUAAUAGCUUGGUGAAAUGUCAUAGACCAGAAAAUGAUUUAAUAAACAGUGUAACGCACACUCGGGUUGGGAGCAAAGGGUUGCGGCCCCCUUGGCGCAAAUAAAAUAUCUUUAUUAUAACUGUUUUCUCAGAAUAAUGUACACAAAAGCGCUAUCGCAGCACCUCGCAUACUUGUAAACAGAUGUGCGGUCUCAUGGAUAAUACGGUCUUAAAAUGCACUGCUGAUUCUGCGCUUUAGUUUGCUCGCCCUUCCACGUUACGCUCUUAUUAUUAUCAUAGGUGUUCUCACUUUUGCACAACGUAAUUCAUUUUUGUUAAAAUUCAAUUUGUUGCUGCAAUGCUGCCAUUGCCAAAAUGAAAGGGCAAAAAUCUCUUUCAUUACAACAAUUAAUACCUAUUAUCACUUAAACACUAAAUAAGUUUGAAGUUGUUAGAAACAAUUUUUACCACAUCUUUUCAUGUUAUGAAUUUCGUGCAAGGCCCGAGCAUAAUUUGAUGGCAAAGAUCAUAGCCUACUUCAUCAUAACAUUGUUUUACCGAAUUACGUUAAUAAAACACUCAUUCGAAUAAGAUUUGCAGUCCGCAAAACAUCCUGAAAAAGGUACGGUAACUGUUUUCGUGUUCGAAUAUUCGAAUUCGAAUAUUUUUUACGAAUUGUCAAACUUCGGGUAUUUUAGUAUAGGUAUAAUAUACAACAGGUGUCCAGAACACUGGACAAUUUAAUGUUGGUAAGCUGCAAUUGCGCCUGUCCAAUUCUUACGCAAGCGGCAUAUCUGGCAGAACUAUGCAUUCAUAUCAGCGUCAUGGGGUAUUACAAGUGGACAAAAAGUCUGCAAUAGUAAUGUGGAACUGGAUGGGCUGAGGUAUAUUCAGUGUACACGAAACUAUGGUCUCUGUGUACUUAGAGCGCUUAUGUACAUAAUAUACAAGUGAGUCAAUUGUAAUAAUUACCGUUAACAUUCACAAAAUGAGUCAUCCUAACUAGUGGUUAUGCAGAAGGCAAUCGGCACAAAAUAUCAAAAGUAGUUUACUCAUCCAAUGCCCAUAUCCUUGAUUCUGACCAUGCUAAGAUAGUGAGAAAGUAUUUGUUAACAAGAACAUGCUUUUGCUAGGUUACUGAUAAAGGAGCGUGGGUUAUGAAAUGAUAAUUUCGAAAUUGAGGUUUUGUUGUUCACACAUUUGUUUUCGUCGGUGUGUGUUCAGGACACUUCAAGUGUCGCAUUUAACAUCAUUUUCUGGUAAUUGACUUGGCAGACACAUAUAAUGUUGCCUAGAGAUUUAUAAAUGCAAUUUUUCAUAAUUUGAAACUCCAUUUUCAGGUAUCCGACUUAGUAGAUACAUAAUGUUGGCUAGAUAUUUCAUAGAUGCAAUAUUACAUAAUUAAAGCGGAAGAAUUUGAUUCUUCCAAUAGGGAUAAUUGACAUGGAUUUUGGAUCGAGUCAUGUAUAUGCAGGGGCACCAUAUUAUUCAGAUGUCCCCAUUGACAAUGUCCCUCAAGUUCAAAAUGAUCAACAUGAUACAAUAUAUGAGGCAGUGGAAAUUGAACAUGGACGUCAUCAGGAAUAUUCUGAAACAUCAAGUGACCAACAUUCUUAUGAUCCUGUAUGUUUCGAUCAGCAAGAAAGCGAUGAUCAGAUAAAUAGUCGUAUACAUGCCAGUCGGGAAUAUGACUUGGUGCCUUAUGAACCUAAUUUGGAUUCAGUGAAUAAUAAUCAACCACCAAACAUUGUGGCAAAGCCUGCAGCACCAAAAAGGAGUUUAUCAUCGACUGUUUUGCAUAAAGCAAUGAAAGUUAAAAAUUGGAAGAAUAAAAAAAACAAGCCAAUGAAAUCAGAUAGUUCAGUGCCAGAUGCUACAACAUCUGUUGUACCUCCACCACUUCCUCCACCAAGACCAACUAGAAUUGAUAAACCUCUUCCUCCUGUACCAACGGAAGUUAGAUCUACCAACAGUGGACCACCUGAACUUCCUCCUCCUAGGAUCCCACCGAAACCAGAGAUAUAUCAGACUGUUCGUGCUAAACCUCCAGAAAAACCACUGCCUAAAACGGUUUUAGCGAUUGAUGAGAUCGUGACUAUGCUUUCAUCAAAUACCAUUGAAAGCAACUGCGGCCCUGUGCCCCUAAAACCAACUGUAGUAACUUCGAAGCCACUGUAUCCGGUUCUUCCAAACGUUUAUGGAGAUAUCAACCUCAACCCUAUAAAAUCAACGACUGCACCUUUAACUACGGCAAGUUUUAAAGCACAAUCUUUACCUUUACAACCUUCAGCUCCACCACUAUCUUCAAGCCAAAGUAACAAAAGUUUGAGUAAAAAUCACCAAAACACAUACUCGGCUGCUGAUACAAAUAUAGUUUCAGUUAAACUUGGAAUUUUAGAAAACACAGCUAAUUCAAUGGUUUGGGCAAUGCCACCAAUGCGAUGCCAGAAAUGUCAAGCUGUGCUUCUCCACCAUGCUUUAGCAAAGAAUAAGGAAGUGGCGGAUUGUCAAUUUUGUGAAAGCAAAAAUGCAAAUAUCACGGAAGCAAUUUUACCAUUGGUUGGUAAUGAGAGUGAUGUCACCUUUGUAUUAGAUCAGCAAGCUCCUAUGGCCUCGGAUGAUCCUAUCAUUGUGUUUUGUAUUGACACAUCAGGAAGCAUGUGCGUCACUUCACAGGUGCAAGGAAACAAUUCCUCUUUCAUGUCCAGACUAAGGGGUGUUCAAGAAGGUCUACUUUCUCAAUUACAUCAAUUAAAAGCAACAAGACCUAAAGUACGAGUCGCAAUUGUUACCUUCAGUAGCAUGGUUUCAAUGUAUGGUGAUGGUUCAUCCUCUCAAUAUAUGACAUUGAGUGAUGCACAGCUGUAUGAUACAGAUUUUAUCAAACACAUGGCAAAUAGUGUGUUACUUCCUGGCUGUAUUUCCAAUACGCAUGCUCAACUUUUAAAUACUGUUAAUAUGUUGACUGAACGUGGUGGAACUGCACUCGGCCCUGCAAUAUUAUUUUCUGUUGCACUUGCUUCAAGAAAAUCUUCUUCACAGGUGAUUGUAUGUACUGAUGGUCGAGCUAAUAUUGGUGUUGGAAGCUUAGAAUUAGAAUCAGAUUACAAAAUGUGCCAUAAUUUUUAUAAAGAAGUAAGCGAGUAUGGUACAAUGUCAGGAACUGUUGUAUCAAUACUUAGUAUAGAAGGUACGGACUGCCGACUGGUUGAACUUGGGAAAGUUGCUGAUAGAACUGCUGGAAAAGUGAAGAUAGCAAACAGUCAGAAUAUUUCCACGGAAUUUCAUGACAUUCUCUCAUCUUCACUUAUGGCAACACAAGUCAGCAUUAACAUGGUCACACAGAAAGAAUUACAUUUUCACGAUGGAAUGUCACAAUGCAACAGUCUUGCCAGAUAUUUUGUUGGAAAUGCCACACAAGAUACUGAAGUUACUUUUAAAUAUGGAAUGGCAGAAAAUGAUCAUCCACCACCAGAAAGUGCAAUGUUUCAACUACAAGCCAAAUAUCUUCUACCAAAUGGUUGUACUUGUUUACGAGUUAUAACACAAUCACGACCUGUUACUGAGAAUAGAAUUUUAGCUGAGCAUGGAUUGAAUCCUGUCGUCGUUGGUACCUAUGCAUCGCAACUUGCUUCAAAGUUAGUUUUUGAUGGAGACUUACGAGAUGCAAAACUUACCACUGAUGCUCACAAGAAACUGAUUCAUCGAGCAAUGUCGAUUCGUUCAACAUACAGUACAAGAGGUGAAUCGGAAUAUAACGAAGCAGCUGAUGAAAGAAUAUAUGGUACUGUCUGUUCACAUAUUGAUGAACUUGAUAAAGAAAUUAUAGAACAAGUCACAGGAUCAGUAAAAGCUUCGGGAGCGAAGCCUCCACCACUUCCCCCAAGACCACCAGACUCACCGAGCAUUUUGCAUCGAUCUCCUUCGCUAUCACUUCCAGAUGUUCCAAAUACCCCACUACCAUCAAGAGAAGAAUUGAAAGAGGCUGUUGAACAUUGUCCUGAUGAAGUUGCAAGGAAAUUAUACAAACACAGAAAUGCUUGUGGAAAAAUGUUUUCAGCUUGUUAGAGAUUGGAAGAACAGGUUAUGAUGCAGUAUGGUACUGUUGCUCGACUGAUUAGCCAACUUUUUUAGUCACCUAUAGUGAAUAUGCAAGUCAUAUGAUAAUGCAAAUCAUAUUUUCAUUCAAUUCACUCAUUAUUUGAAUCACAAUAAGCACUUAUAUUGAGUAAAUGCGAAAGAAUUUUUUUAUUUUUUUCAGCGAUUUAUAAAUAUGUCAAUAAUUGUCUUUUACAAAAGAUGUUUCCACACUAAAAUAUUACAUGUUUAGCUAUAGUUAUAUUGCCCCCUUAAGUUUUUUUUAGUAGAGUAGAUCGCUUUUUUGUUUCAUAGUGAUUCAAUUAUUGUUUGUGAAAUUUAUUUAUUCGAAUGAAAAGUUCCACUGAAUCGUACUAAUAGUUAGUUUAUACACAUUGUAAUUUCAUGUUUCUUAUUUUGUAUGGAAUUACCAUAAUAGUGUGUCUGAAUCAAGUAAUACCCAUUUUUAGUAUCAAUUAAACGAGCUCACCAGUUAAAAAUUAUAAAAUUGCAAUCAACAUUUCAUACAAUUUCAAAUUUCUCCUGCAUGGAGAAUCUGCACAGCAAAUUGUAUUUUUAGUUGGAUGGCAGGAAAACUAUAACGAAGUAAUCUUUGAAAUGGAUUGUGUGUGCUUCCUGGAACAAUAAUCUAAAUAAAGAGUCUUUAAUUGAAUAAAUACCUGAAACCAUAUUUUUGUUUCUCACAAUUUGAUUGGAAUCGUAUUUCAACUGGUCGGCAUACGAAAAAUUGUGAUAUGGUAACAUUAGAUACAGCAUAACGAAUGAAUAUUCAUAUUCCAGGAAACUGUGGGAGUGCAUUAAGAAUGUCGAAUGUGACAACUCUUCAGUUUUCUACAAAUUGUUCCUAUGUUAACUUGAAUAUCUUCCAAUCUCAUAGUUAGGUUCUCCAGCCUCCAAUCUAGAUUAUUUUGCCUACCCUAGCUGUUUGAAGCCCGGUAGGUGGUCUUACAUAGGAAUCAUACUUGGAUAUGGAAGAUGAUGCCUUUACAUUUGCAAGAGCA